CUUGCUUAUUCCCGUGUAGAGCGGUUUUAGGAAUGAGGCAAAAGCAGGACGGAGUGGUUUGAAGGCCAGCUCCAAAUGCCUACGUUAUUACUGGGAAAAUGGUUUUGUUACUGAUACAGUGGAUUCUCUUGGUCUUGGUUACAGUGCACAGGUGCGACGGCGUCCAGGUAUCCGUGCGGGAGGACAGGAAGUUCGCCAUGCUCUUCCAGGAAGUGACCCUUCAGUGCCAGUACUCCAGCCCCUCCACCCAGGUGCCCGUGGUGCAGUGGUGGUACAAGUCGUACUGUCAGGAUCGCACCAAGGACUCGUUCAGCCUCACCGAGCACCUGGGGAUCAAGGGGUCCGAGCUGGGCGCCUCGUCCCACCUGGACUGCUCCGACUCCGCCCGCACGGUCCGCCCCGUGGCGUCGGGACAGGGGUCCUCCCUCACCCUCGCCGAACACUACAAGGGCCGCGACAUCGCCAUCAUCAACAAGGCCGACCUCCGUAUUGGGCAGCUGCUGUGGGGGGACAGCGGCGUGUACUACUGCAAAGUGAUCAUCUCAGACGACGUUGAGGGCAAGAGCGAGGCCAAAGUGGAGUUACUGGUGCUGGGUAAGACAGGUGCGCUGGACGAUCUCCUGCCUGAGUUCGAUGUGGAGAUUAUGCCAGAGUGGGUGUUUGUGAGCGUGGUGAUCCUCGGCAGCCUGUCCUUCAUCCUGCUGGUGGGGAUCUGCUGGUGCCAGUGCUGCCCCUACUCCUGCUGCUGCUACGUGCCCUGCUGCUGCUGCCCCGAUACCUGCUGCUGCCCCCGCCACUUGUACGAGGCAGGGAAGGCGGCGAAGGCCAGCCAAUAUUAUCCCACGGGCAUGUAUCCCCCCUACUACAUCCCCGGAGUCACCACCAUGGUCCCUGUCGCCCCCUCCACCAUCUUGGAGCCCAAGGUCUCAGCCACUCCUCCCAUGGAGAACAGUGUUCCAGGAGUGCACAGUGGGUAUCGACUCCCGGCCAAUAAGGAUCAGGACUCCAUGAAGAUCGUGUACCACGUAGAGAAGGAGCUCGCGCAGUUUGACCCCGCCCACCGGUCCUGCCACCAAUCCAGCAGCAUGUCGGAGCUGAGCUCGCUCCACGAGGGCGACUCGGACUUCCGCCAGUCCUACCGCCAGGUCCAGAGGAAGGCCCUGCCCGCCAUCUCUGACCACGACGGCCAGCUGGACGACUUCCGCGCCGCCUCGUCCUCCCAAGCCCGCCGCUCCACGCGCCCCCUUCACCGUGGCAACCGAGAGGACGAUCCGCAGAGCAGCAGGUGGAACCCGCGCUCGGAGCACCUGCAGAGGAAGGUGUUCCGCGCCAGCAGCCACACGGGCUCUCUGGACGAGCUGGAGGAGUUCGCGCACACCUACAACCACCGGGGGCGCCGCGGAGACUUUCGGGACCCGCGGCGGGACUACGACCUGGAGCUGCAGGAGCGUGAGCACAACCCCCCCUUCCGGGACGGCCCGCAUCGCUACGGCGACAAGGAGGAUCCCGAGGCCUGGCUGGAGCGGCAGCAGUCGGAUCACUACAGGAAGGAGCGGGAGCGGGAACGGGACCGGGAACGGGACCGGGACCGCGAGCGGGACGGGGACUGGAGCCGCCCCCCGCCCUCGCCCCGUAAGCGCCGCGACACGGGCGACAGCGACGCGGCGCCCCCCGAAACGGCCGGGGGGGGCCCGGCGUACGACGACGCCUUCCUCAGCAGCGUGCUGGAGCGCAAGGCGCGCGGGCGGGGCGGGCGGGGCGAGGAGGACAGUUUCCAUAGCGACACGCCCUCCAAGGCCAGCUCCAAGAAGGGCAGCAGCGACUGCUACCCCAGCCGGUCGCCUAGCAACCGGCCGGAGGAGGAGGACCCGCUGCCCCCCUACUGCGAAAUUGUGGCGGAGCGGCACCGGACCGCGGAGCCUGUUCCCCGCCCCUUCUCCUACACCCGUCCCAACCCGGGCGCGUCCCACACCAUGCAGGAGCACAGGGAGGAGCGGGAGAAACCCCGAAAAGUGAACACUCUUCUAAGCAGAGAUUCUCUCAUAGUGUGAGCUCCGGAGAACAGGAGACCCACAGAGCAAACUGGACAUGCAGCAAGUAUCAAUCAACAGACUGCUCAGGCAUUACGUGUCAAUCAAAACAAUGUGAAGAAGCACUACAAAUUAAUUUUACAAACUGACUGGACAAACCUCAUGCGUCAAUCAUUAAGUACAUGGACAAUGGACAUGGUUUUAGGGCUAAUGUACUUCCUUCUUCAGGAGAAUAUACGAACCUCUGUCUGUGAUCCUGCCCUAUCGGCGUCUGCUUAUGAACACUACCGUUACAAUCUCUGCAGCCUGAGAUCUGUUUACAUUAUUGCCUGGAAUUUUCCCAGAGUUCAUUGUCCAGCAGGAAGUGGGCAGUGUGAUGGGUAGUGUAGUCUAGUGCCAAAAGGUAUAGUGUCCAAGUGGUCUAACGUCAAAAGACAAAAAAAGUGUAUACGUGUGCUUUUGCAGCCAAAAGACUGAAAAUAGCGUAUGAGUGUGAUUUUUUUGUCAGAAGACAGAAGAGAGGGUGAGUCAUUUUGCAUCAAAAGAUGGAAAAUAGUGUAUGAGUGUGGUUUUAAGACAGAAGAGAGGAGAGUGUAUGAGUGUGGUUUUGUGCCAAGAGACAUAAAACUGUGUGAGUGUGGUUUUAAGGUGGAAGAGAGAAGAGUGUACGAAUGUGGUUUGUUGUCAGAAGACAAAAAAGUGUGUGUGACUGUGGUUCUGUGACAGAAGACAGAAUAGAGUAUAUGAGUGAGGUUUGUUAUCAGAAGACAGCUGUGCAGCUGUAAUAUUAACAGAGCGAUAGAAACAGAGAUAAGAGAUGAUAAUGUAGCGAAAGGGAGGAGACUCCAGCAAGGAGGUCCCUGCACUUUCAUGAAAUUUGAAUCUUAACAGUCACAGAAGGCAGUGUCAGUGUUACUCCUCACCCUAGGUGUCUUUGGGGGAGGGGGGGGGGGUGGUUGUCUGAAGUUUCUUUCCCCACCGUGUUACCCCCAAAAGUCCUGGAGCCUGUCACUGGGCUGUGAAUAAAGGUGCUCUUCGCCUAAUGCCGUCCCUGCCUGCCUCUGCACUAAAACCCUCUGACUGCAUGAAAGCCAGCAGCACAGUGUUAUGCACUCUCCGUGAUGUCACUGCUUGACCCCGUCAGACUCCUCCCACUGUUCGCCCACGUUCAGCCAACUGUGAGGGAGGGAUUCUAGAAAUUACUCUAUGUUGGGAAAAAAUAUGAGAAAGGGCCUCUAGAGGGCCCCUGGACCCAGUAGUGCCUGGGGAAGCUUUCCCUUUUAGACCCUCUUAGCUCCACCCCUGAUCCAACCUUCAAUACACUACAUUACAUCACAUUACAUUAUAUUUUGGCAUGUAGCAGAUGCCCCUAUCCAGGGCGGAUUACACAUAUUACACGUCCAUUCCAUUUAUAUUGUUAGAUAUUUUUGUGAUACAGGUUAAGUACCGUGAUCAAUGGUACAAUGGCAGCACCCCAGCUGGGUAAUGGACCUGUGACCUUUGCAUACAAGCUCAGUUUCCGGACUGUUCUACUACACUACCCUCACCCCCCCACCCCCACCCCUUCCCCCCUUCACGCCUCCAUGUGCCCCGCUGACCCUCCUGUGGACACAACAGAAAUCGUGUUAAUCCACUGUUAGUAUUGCAAAUACUGAUUCAGAUCCCUCAAUAGCCUGGCCCUAAUACAGUAUAAAUGUAUUCCCCUUCUGUGUUUGUAUUAUAAGUUAUUGUGCAAGACUUGCUAAGGCACCAAGCGGAACAUUUGUUUGACCGUAAAUUCUUCAUACACCUUGCUGUAUUUCACUUUUUAUAAAUGUCCUCAUUGUUUUGGUUUUGAUAUAAACAUUGUCUUCAAUACAAA